GGACGGGCUGAUUUAUGUGACAAUGACGGCGAGACGAUACACAUAGUAAUCGUGUGAAGAUGUUGUUGAGCGUGUCCGUGGUACUGCUGUCUAUAUGUAUUGUGAGAGGGGACCCGGUCGGGUGUACGUACUACGAAUCAGACCUGGAAUACGAGUGCACUGCCAGGAGCUGGGUGCUCCCUCUAGCUCUAUCAGACUUUAAUCACGUUCCCCAAAGUCUUUCUAUGAUUGAUGUCAACGGAGAUCUCCCGACAGCAACAUUUUCAGGGUUUGACGUCAUCAAUACGACGUUGUUUGACGUAAAUUUCGUACCAACAUUUACCAUCCGUUGUUAUACGUCUGGAAUAUUGAUGUAUCACGCCGGCACCUUUACCGGACUCGGCUACUUCAAGGAGGUCCAUAUCCAGAACUGUGAGGUGAUAGCUAUGCCAGAUGCAGCCUUACAAGACUUUGGUGACCUGAAUUACUUUGGGUUGGAGAAUGGUGUAAUUGGUGAUAUUGGUUAUGACGCUUUCAAAGGACUUAAUGUACACACUAUGACGGUUCCCCGUCCGCUCGGAACAUUUAAACUGACGUCAAAGUUGGACUCGAGAGUAAUACCAAAUGGGGUGUUGUAUGCACUCGCUAAUGUGACGAACUUUGUGAUAGACGGUGCCAACGUGGAUACUUUACAAGCCGAUAUGUUUCAAGCCGCCACCAAACUUCGGCAUUUAUCAUUAAAAAAUAACCUGUUUACGUCUCUUCACAGUAGUAUGAUCUCAAAUAUGAAGGGACUCCUCACUCUCAGCCUGGACGGAAUCGAGUGGGAAUGCACGUGUGAUAAUUUGUGGUUCCUAGAUUACUGUCGGACCAAUAACAUCUCGCUACAUGGACCCGUGAUAUGUGGUUCUCCUAGCAGCUACAUAAACAAGAGAGCGUACCUGUACAAAACGGAGCAGUGUCCUGUUGAAGUACUGGCAAUUGAUCCUUGUGAAGACAAUUUACCAGGUAUUGGUGUUGGUACCACAUGUUUGACCUACUUAGACCAAGCGGUCUACCUCCUCAACGCCUUGUCUCUGUCACUGGUCAUCGCCACUGUCCUUAUCACUAUCCACACUAAGCGACAGGAAGAGGAGAAGGACGAGCUCGAGAUGAAGCCGAAUGUUGAAGAGGAAAGUUUUCGGAAACUUAGUGGAUCUCGCAGGAACACUGUGUCAGCUAUCAGCACAGUAGAAGCAGAGGCAGCACAAGCAAGACAAGAGGAUGACAUUGUCGACAGCUUAUUGUAGUCAAUCUUAUCUGGGCUUGUGGGCUAGGUUCAUACAAAUCAUAUCUUGUACAACCUUUAUAAGGUCAUUAAUGGAGUCGGGAGUGACUGGGAAGACAGAGCGUGCUUGCCGAACAAAUACGUGUUUUCUUGUUCUUACAUAACAUUCAUUACUUGUUUGUCCCAAUGCUUUCUUACAUUGUUACGGAGUACGACAUACAUAGUAUUGUAUUGGUAUUUGUAAAACACAUAAUAUAGUCAAUGUCUUCACUAGGUUAUUAAAGAAAACAAACGGAAAUGGAGGUAGAUUUUGUCUUUGUCUGUUAAAUGGUGUAACUAGUAACUUUUUUUGAAAUAGUUUUCAAUUUCACUUUAAAAUGUAUGGCAUCAUGGCCAUAAUAUGCUACUUGUUUGGGUGAAAUCGAUAUUUUAUUUUGUAAAAAAAAUGAAUUAUAUACUACUGAUACAGAAGAUGCCUACAUAAGAUACUUACAAAGAACGUUUUUUGUUUACUAGAAAGACCUCUGAGGAAAGUGAAGGUUUUCUACAAUUUUCUGUUAAUGUUAAGAAUAAACCGU